AUGGCGGAGGGUGGUGGGCGGCGGGACGGGCCCGAUUUGCGUUCUAAAGCAGCCAUCUUGCGCUGGAUUGGGGCCGAUCCAGGCCACCGCGCAAAGCUGGAUAAACUAAAGCUGCCGGACGACUGUACGGUGCCCGAGUAUGGGCCCAUCUAUCUCGGACACGAUGGCCCGCGAGGAAAAUGGUGCUGUCGAGCCUGCGGGAAAACAUCUUCGACCAAAACCAAGAUUUGGCAUCAUCUUGGUUCGGGCUUGCUCUCUCCUGCAAGAGCCAUCUGCCCAUGGCUGCACCUCACCAACGAUUACGAUCGCUUCGUGAUGUUACCACCCAAGUCGGACGCCCCAAAGACAGCGCAGCACACAGCGGGCACCACUCUGCCCCACCCCCAGAUGACGGGAUCUAGUCCCACCGAACCUAACAACAAGAGAGCUCGACGUCAUCCCGUGCCACCACCCCAGCUCAUGUUGCCUCCGUCGCAAGUUACACUGGCUGCCACCACAGCCUCGACAGCCCAGUCAUCGAUACCCUCGCGGCCCACGCUCCUGUCCUUGUCAUUUUUGGAACAGCAGCGGCAGCAGCAACAGCCGUCGUCCACCGCCCAAGCAACACGAUCUCUAGCACAGCGGCGGCAUUCAUCAACACAAGAUGCCAACCACACAACAGCCUUGCAGGAAGCUGCUGCAGAGAUACAAAAUGUUCGAUCCAAUCUGGACGGUGUGGCGCGACAGUUGCAGGACAUGCUCAAAGCACUGGGCACUAUGCAAGGGCGGCUGGCUGCCGUGGAACGGAAGCUUCAUCUAUAG